AGUGCAUGUGGGUUGGAGGGAGGGAGGGAGGGAGGCUGGCGUGGGAUCUUUGGUGCUGCCGGCGGCUGCUGCAGGGAGAGGUGGAGACCAAAUAUUAUAGAGGAGCUCCUCUAGUAUCUGGUGGAGACGGCGCUGCCUCCGGGUAAAACAAGAUGACGAAGAAACGCAAACGUCAAGAUGACUUUCAAAAGAUUAAAUUAAAAGUUGGCAAAAUAAAACCAAGGGCAGAUAAUGCAACCAACACAAGCUUCAAAACACGUGCCAUCCAUGUUCCAGAGCAACUGAAGAGCGAUGCAUUACUGCCAACAAAUUACCGCAAACUUAACGUAAAGGAUCUGUUGACACAGUUGCACCAUUAUAGUUCUGGAAUUAAACAGGGUGCUCUAAAUGGCCUCAAAGAUCUUGUUUCCCAGCAUCCAUCCGUGAUUGCAUCACAUCUCUCUAAUAUUCUCAGUGAUUCAGCACCCAUGUUCACAGACAAAGACCCCAUGGUCAGAUCAGCAGCUAUCCAGCUUUUACAAUUUAUUACUCCAAAAAUUUCCAGUGAUCAGAUGGCUCCUUUUUUCCCUUUGGUUAGUGCGCACCUCUCCAGUGCAAUGACUCACAUUCUUGAGGGAAUACAGGAGGAUGCCUUGAAGAUAUUAGACAUUUUGUUGGAACAUUAUCCUGAGCUUCUUACGGACUGUUGCAACAUCCUGUUGAAGAAUUUUCUGGAGCUCAUUUCCCACCAGAGAUUGUCAAAGGGAUUGAAAACUGGUGGGAAGGUGCCUUCUUGGAUGCUGUCUGUCAACCUGAACCGCCGCGUUACAUCUCAGCUAUGGCGACUUAACGUACUAAGCAGGUUGAGAAAAUUUCUACGGGCAGUUGUUGAAGGUUCAACCCAGUCAGUGGAAAAUGAAGCUACUUUUGAGAGUGAUGCCAGGACUGGAUCUGAACGCGUGACUACAUUGCAAGUCAAAUGGGAUAAUUAUGUAACUGGACAACAGCACAUACAAUUAUAUGAGCACUCUGGAUCCCAGCCUAUGACUGUAAUUCCAUUCCGGCUGAGGCCUUCACUUGGUGCCGAAGAAGGUUUGGCUUCAGUGGAGAAUCUGAAAGGCUUCAUUCAAAUCCUAAUACCCCUUCUAUUGGAGUGUUGGGUGGAAGCCUCUCCAGGUCAGCUUACUGGACCUACUCCAAGUAGUCUACUUGAACCGGAAGCCAUGCAGCUUAAGCUGCAGGUCCUUAACAUUAUCCAACUGUUGUGGAAAUUAAUGCAGCACCGAGACGAGACUGAGAAACUGGAAUUCUGGCUACGAAACCACUAUCUUGGUGACUUUAAAGAUAAUUUCAUGAAACAUUUUCCUUACUCUAUGUUGGAGACACUUAGACACAGAAAGAAAGAUUGGGAUAAAAAGGACAAGCAAGCGCCACCAUUUAUGAACAUUCCAGAUCAUUCUCUUGCAUUGAAUCUGGCGGUGUGUCAAGUCAUGGUGUCUCUCACCAAUUCUGUAACAGUCCAUCAGGAUUCUGACUGGUUAGAUCAAAUCCGAAAAUUUGUGACAGAAAACUUGUCAGAUGGCAGGAAAUUGGCCUGUCAGCAGUUGAGUGGGAUUCUGGUGUUGGUGUGGAGACUUGUACUGAUACAGCACAACAGAGGUGCUACAGAGGAAUUAUUGAGGGCAGUUUACACACAGUAUCAACAACAGGGUCUCUCUCUUUCUAUUCGCACCAUGUUGCUCAACUUCUUUAGUGGCCUUUAUUUGAGAGAGAAAACAUCUAAUCUUCAGAUUGCUAGAAGUAAAGUGUUAUCGCGUUGGCUGGCUGGAUUACCAUUACAACUAGCACAACUUGGUUCAAAGAAUCCACUUCUUUCAGCACAACUUAUUGAUGUAAUACAUGUGGCAGCUGCCCAUUCAAACAAAGAGCUACUUCAGAGUCUUCAAAGUAAUGUCUACAGGUUAUAUGAUCCACAAGAUGGCACUUUAGUGCUGCUUCCAUCUGAAACUCAACAUUCGUUGGUACAACUUGUAUAUUUCUUGCCACGUAUUUCAUCAGAGUUGCUGUCCUGUCUGAGUCGUUGUUGCACUAUGGGAAGGUUAUCCACCAAACUUGCUAUUAAUCUAAUCCGAAUACUGCACACAAGGUCCUAUUUUGGUGGAUGGGGUCCUUCACUUCCCAACAGCUUGGUCACUGAUGUGGAUUACUUCAGUUUUCUGUUUUCUACAUUGACAGGAUUCUCAGGAGAAGAGUUGACUUGGCUUCAGAACAGCAGCAGUAAUCCUCAUAUAAGUCAGUCCCAAUUUUCAUCAAUCCAUCUUUAUGCGACUGACCUAGACCAGUUUGUCCACCACUGGGAGAUAACUGAGGUGGCAUGCCAAUGUUUAUCAUCAGUACCUUCCAGAAUCCAGUGCUGUGAUAUCCUACAAAGUGCUAUCUGCAAACAUCUAGUGGGUGUGAAUCUUUUGCCAGACAGCACAGCAGGGUCAAUCCUAAAAACUGUUGGCCAACUCAUCAAUCCAGCCUUUAUUCCCAAUGAUUGUUUGUUGAAUUUCCUUGUCGGGAGUUGCUACAGCCUCCUUUACUUCAUCCUAACCUCGGAAAAGAACAGAGGAAAUGUACAGAAAAGAGAAUUUCUGUGGGGAGCAUGCCUAACAGCACUGGCCCGCAUCCCACGCUUGCUUCGACUGAUGCUGCAGAAUCUGCGAGUGACCGGUGCCUGCCAGGGGGAGCUUCCUGUUAUUGCACAGAUCCUUCGCCUUCUGCUUCAGCAAACUCAGCUUAGACAACACAUGGUGGCAAAUGCAGCAAUGGUGCAACAGGUCAUUCAGGAUAUCACGAACUUCAAGACUGAUGAUUUCCAAGAGCAAUGGUUAACUGAUCUCCAUUACUACUUCAGAAUCUACCUAGCAGCCAGUAUCCCAGUUACCUAUUAAAGAAUGAAAUCCAGGAAAAUUAUAAUACCAGCUCUUUAAGUGCUUGCAUCAAUCAAAACAUGGGUAUAGAGGAUUUACAUCUCGAUAGUUAUAGAACAAAGUUUACAAAUAUAUAGACUAAGAUGGAAGUUUUGUUUCUCAGUUGUUCCUUGGGACAAGUGUGUUUAUCUUUAAAUACUUCAGGAUAAGAAAUGAUAAGAAGUUAAACAUGUCCAUUGGUUGAGGGUGAUGUAACGUGUAUCAAUAAUAAUACACUCCUUAUUUUGUUGCAUAAUUUUCUUUGCAUGUAUUUAACGUGUUCGCUGAGAAUCUGUUUAAAAUAAUAACUUCAAGGUUUUGCUCAGUGAAGGUCUAAGAUUUUAAUAAACUUGUAUAAGUGUUCUCUUAUUCCAAUCAGCUAUACCAAUGCUUAUUGCUGUACAGCAACUUUAAAAUUAGUUUCUGUUUUCAUCAUAUACGUUUAGGGAAAUAUUCCCAUGCUUUUUAUAAACCAAGUUUUCAAACAUGAAUCUUAAUUAUGUAUCAUUCCACCCGUUGAACCAAAUUCUGUUUAAUUUCAAGAUCUGUUUGUAAUCGUUUACCUUGUUACACUCAUAAACAAUAAUAAUUAAAAACUUUAUUGACAAGUA